AUGGGGCCGAGCGGCGCGAGAACGGGGAUCCCCUUCCCCGGCGCCAGCAGCGCCAGCAGCACCAGUGGCUCUGUGCGCGCUGCUUCCAUUCCGCGCUCGGUCGCCGAUUCUGCCUCCGAAUCGGGCGAAGCGAUGGAGCAUCGCGACAUGGACGUCGACUCAGAGACCCCAACAGCAGCAGCAAGGCGCACAACACACACCGCCGUGGAGUCUUCCACCAGCCUACCCAGCAUCAAAAACCUCUUUGGCAUCGAGCGCAAGGAGCCGCUCGCUUCGGUUCGACGUGCUGAUGCAUUAUCCGAGGACGGUCAUUCCUCCCGUGGCACCGCGACUCCAAGUUCGCCAGCCGCCAUCUCAGCAUCGUCGCAAUCCCUAGAGCACCGCGGCCACCGCAGCCACGCCAGCACCAGCAGCUUUUCAGAAUUUCAAUCAGGGCUCUCGCACAGUGCCAGCUCUUCCUCGCUUGGGCCCAUUCGUACACGACAUUCUUCGAAUGCUUCCGGCUCGUACGGUCGCAGUGGACCAAUUGUGCCUAGCACUCCGCCUCGUCACGCUGGCGUAGCUGCACACCCUUUCAGUCCAGAAGAUGCUGCAGGCCCGAGACGCAGAGUCGACUCGCGCUCUCGCCAGGCGCAGGCACUCAAAGGGCUGAUCCUGUCUCCACCAUCUCGCAGACUGCCUCUCGAUGGCGACGGACCCGCUUCCGAUAUGCACCCCGGAUCGCAAAGACGCAGCGGUCAUCGUCCUGCCUCUUCCUCUUCCGGCUCACUCUCGACGCUCUUUUCGCACAUCUCGACCUCUUCCGAUCCCGCACCCAUGCUGCCACCUGGCUAUGUUCCUUCAGCGCACACUUCAGAGGAGAGUGUGCCGCACGAGGGAUGGGGAGCCGCCAGCGCUCCUUCAGAUAGCACCAGUCCACGCACCAGCUGGCAUAGCCGAUCCUCGACGCUCGAGUCCGGCGAGGCCGCAUACAAGAUGACGGGCAGCGAUCGUCCCUCCGGUUCGCUGCUGCCACCAUUUCGCGAAUCGCACUUUCCGCCGGGCGAUCUGUCUCGCUAUUCACCCGAACGGCAUUUUUCGAAUCUGUCGCGCCAUCGUUCUAUGCGUACGCCUGGAUCUUCCGCCGAUUUGCCUGGCUCUUCCAGUCGACCUCGUGCCCGUACUUUGACAAACGCAGACCGACCCAUUGCUCCCUUGCCGAAAUCCGAGGAUCCAGCGAGGAAGCAGAGGCUCGAGGCUGCGUCGGAACUGAUCCGCAUGGGUCAGCAGGGGGCCGAUGAUCCCCAUAUGGCAGGAGGUGGCGGUCGCAUGUACUCGCACAAGCACAGCAUGUCGAUGCAGGAGCGCGUACCGCUACCCAUGGAGCUCUACGAAAACGCCAGCGCCGUCCGAACACAUCGACCUAAAUCUCAUUCCAUGUCGGGGCAGGAACCCUUUGAUCCAAACAUGCCGAUUCACCACGGUCCGCCGGGAAUGCCCGCGCCGGGGCUGGGUGCACCGCCGUUUGAUCGAGGCGGGCCACCGCCACCGCCAGGAACAGGAGGUGCUGGUGCAUUUGAUUCCUUCCAUCCGAGGCGGGGUCGUGGCGCCGGCGAUGAGGCAUUGCGCCCUGGUGGAGCCGGUUGGGUGUUCCCUCGACGACCCAUGCCUUCGGAAGCGGCAGAGGCUCAACGCAAUGCAUUCCAAGCGCAGAUGAUGCGAGGACAGGGGCUCGCCAGUGUCCCAGACGGCAUCAUUUCUGCUCAGCACGGCGGUGGUUUCGGUGGUAUGCGUGCAGCACCGAGCACAACGGGAACCAUUGCUUCAGGGCAAGCCAAGUACGAAUGUGCAUGGUGCGGUAAGCGUUUCUCGCGUCCUUCGAGUCUUAAGAUCCAUCAUCAUUCUCACACUGGUGAGAAGCCUUUCGUAUGCAACGAGCCGGGCUGCGGACGCUCGUUUAGCGUCCAGUCAAAUCUGCGACGACAUCAGAAGUGUCAUACUCCCGGCGGCGAUCAGUCGGAGAUGGAUCCGUCCCGUCAGCAACACGGGCAAAGUUCGAGUCGGAGUGACGAUGGCUACUGGGCUCGUGGGCCGCCUCCUCCCGCCGCCUCUUCUGGAGCGAGGAUGAGCCCCAUUGCUGGAGGAAGCGGCGGAUGGCACCCAGCUCACCCUGCUCAUCCGGGCUAUGGACCUGGCCCUGGGCCGGGACCUGUGCAUGGACCUGUUCACGGGUAUGGAAUGGGACACCCGCCGCCGCCUGGUUCGGUGCCACCGCAGAUGCAGAUGCAAAUGCAAAUGCAGAUGCACGGUAAAGAUCAUCCGCCCCUGUCGCGCUCCGCCUACGAGCCAGGUUCUCGCAGCAUGACCACGUGGACCGAGAUGCGCCGCGGCGAAAUGCCACCGCCCGGCUAUCGCGACUAUGAGCGCGGCGGACCUGCCGAAGAGCCCUAUGCCGCGUCCGGAUCGCCACGCCGCUUCACCCAGAUGCGCGAGCACCAUCUCUCCGAGUCCUCUGCUGAAGAGGAAGAAGAGGACGAAUUACUGCACGAAGACGAUCCGCCCACAAGAGACGUCAAGUCGGAACGUGAUGCUCCUCGAUCUAUCACAAGAGGCUCGGGCUCGAGCGAAGACGAGGCGGACAGGACGGUCACUUUGAAAAGUGGGCCGAGACCGAGGAGCGCCACGAGCGCCAGCACGACGUCGAACCUCAGGGCCGGGUUCACGUCGUUGUUGAACCCGGAGAAUGCGAGGGGUGAGGCGAGGGUUCAAGAGGAGCGAUAA